AUGGGAAGAACACCUUGCUGUGAUAAAAAUGGAGAAGUGAAGAAGGGUCCAUGGACGGCAGAGGAAGAUCAAAUAUUGAUCGAUUACAUUCAGAAACAUGGGCACGGGAGAUGGCGAACCAUUCCAAAGAAUGCUGGACUUAAAAGGUGUGGAAAGAGCUGCAGACUUCGCUGGACAAACUACUUGAGACCAGACAUCAAGAGAGGGAGAUUUUCAUUGGAAGAGGAAGAGACCAUAAUACACUGGCAUAGCAUUUUGGGAAACAAGUGGUCUAUGAUCGCUGCUCGCUUACCGGGGAGAACAGAUAAUGAGAUCAAGAACUAUUGGAACACCCAUAUAAGAAAGAAGCUUAUGAGAAUGGGUAUUGAUCCGGUGACUCACGGUCCACGCUUCGAUCUUGAUCAACUCUCCUCAUUUCUCAGCUCCUCUGCAUACAACUUUUCUACACUAGAUGCCCAAACCUUGAUUGAGAAUAUUCAACCUGCAGCUGCAUUGAUCAAUAAUCCAAACCUUCUAGAUCUAGCAACCACUCUCUUAUCUUCCCAAUACAAAAAUCUACAACUUAUUCCACAACAUUUUCAAGGUAGCUUACUUCACAAUAUUCCUCAAAUUCAAAACCAAUUUCAAUCCUUCCAAGAAAACCAGCUCCAAAACACACUUCAUCAAGAGUUUCAAGCUUGCACAAGUACUUCUCCGAACACCACCACCACCACCACCAACUUUAAGUGCCCCAGUUCGUUACCAAAUUUGUAUCAAAGUAAUGGAGAGUCUUCAAAUUUAUCUCAGGGCAUUGCUCCGGCGUUAAUGGAUGCCACCUAUCUUAAUAACUCUAAUGAUCAAUCCUUCAAUGGAAUUAAUCUAUCCCAAAACCAAAUAUUUCAAUUGGAGAAUAUGAAUAAUAAUAAUAUGCAACACUUCGGUUUUGGCUCAAGACCUCCACCUACAUCUUCAUCUACCCAUACUCCAUUAAACUCAUCGUCUGUGACAUAUGGCAGCCCCGAAGAUGAGAGAGACAGCUAUGGCAGCGACGUCAUAUUCAACAUCACAAACACCAUGGUUGCUGGUGGAUUUAUGUUAAAUUAGAAGUACUUAGGCAGUGGAGCAACAUGUUGAUAUUCAUAUUCAAAAUUAGAGUUUUUAUUUUAUUUUUAGUUUGGCUUGGAACUUUUUUUAUGAUCCAAUUUUAUGGAAGUCUAUGCAGAUUUAUUAUUUUAACUUUUUUUUUUUUGUUUUUCCGUGAAUUGUGUUGGAUCCACAAUUCAGUCCUGAGUUUAAAAUGAUGUCUUAAUUAAUUAGACAAGUCGUGUGACUUGGAGAAUUAGUUCUGUUAUUUGCGUAUGUGUGUGUAGGCACAAGAUAUAUAAGCAGCAUAUAUAUAUAAGUGCAAUUAUUAUCAUGAC